AUUGAAAUUCAUCCCACCUCGUGCAGUCUUUCCCGCACCACAAGAACACAGCCUCUUUAUUGCACAUCGACGCGCGGCAAGCGGCCUCCUUUGCCAUCGCGAUCAAACUGAAGUUUUCUUACAAUAAUUACAUGAAAUAAUUCCGUUCGCGGCUUAAUCAGCCAACCCAUCGCGGCAUUCCAGUUCCGACAAACCAAGCCGGGUCGGCUAGCCCACUGACUCCGAGCUCUGGUCAUCCACCUUGCGUAGCCUGGAGACAAACUCAGCGCCACCUCACAGCCUCCGAGGCCUAAUGCAAAACUCUCCCUCGGAACAGUGCUCUAAAGUCACUCUCCUCCUCCUCUUCACAACACCAGACGAUAUCAACGCCAAACAUACGAUACCUAGCCCUCGCUUCCAACCCUCAAAGUCGCUACCCAAUCUCCUAGGCAGCCAUAGCCAUGGGUCUCAACAAUCCUCUGCCGUCGUCUCUGGCUUCCGAAUGCAAAAAAUGCGGCAAGAUUUUAACCUCGUUCGUCGACCCGCGUCAAGCUUUCUCUCCUGACAAGGUCAUCCCUCCGUCUGUGCUUGCAAACGCCAAGGGCCUUGCGAUUCUCACGGUAAUCAAGGCCGGCUUUCUCGGCUCGGCUCGCUUCGGAAGCGGACUUGUCGUCGCCCGCCUGCCCGACGGCGGUUGGAGUGCGCCAACAGCUAUUGCGACUGGUGGCGCAGGAUUUGGCGGCCAAAUAGGCAUCGAGAUUACCGAUUUCGUCUUCAUUCUUAACGAUGCGAGCGCCGUAAAGACAUUCUCACAAGCCGGCUCGCUCACUUUAGGUGGCAACGUCUCGAUCGCGGCAGGUCCGGUAGGCAGGAAUGCAGAAGCGGCUGGAGCGGCGUCGCUCCGAAGUGUCGCAGGAAUUUUCAGCUACUCCAAGACGAAGGGCUUGUUUGCUGGUGUGUCGCUGGAAGGCUCAGUCAUUGUGGAACGGAAAGAUGCCAACACCAAGCUAUACGGUCGUCCCAUCUCGGCGCGCGAACUCCUUUCCGGAUCCGAGCGCCCGCCGCCGCAAUGCUCCUCCCUCCUGAGCAUACUGAAUUCGAGGGCCUUUAGCGGGAUGGCGAGUCCGAGUGUGGCAGAUGACCGCAUGUACAAUGACAUACCCGUGUAUGACGACAGCCACGACGAUGUGGUGUGGGGUAAUAAGACGGGACCUGCGUACGGCGAGGGCCAGUCCCGGACUGGUGCCAACGGCGAUGGCUUUUCACGCGACGAGUUUGGCCGACCGAAGAGAUCCAGCACCUGGCAAGACGACGUGUACGAUCAACCCCGGCCCUUUGGACAGACAUCAAGGUCGACCACUUUCAACGACAGCGGCUACGGCGGGCAGGGCUCUCCCAUCUCUCCGCUAUCGCCGCUGUCGCCGGGGGAGAAGAAGGUCGGCCCAGGACGGCCUGCAGCACCGAAGCCCAACUUUGCGAGCAAGCAGGCUCUUAUGAAGAAAAACGAGGCUGUGGCCCUCUUUACGUUCGAGGCGGACCAGCCAGGAGACCUUGGUUUCCAAAAAGGUGACAUCAUCACGGUUUUGAAGAAGACAGAGAGCGACAACGACUGGUGGACGGGCAUGGUUGGCACAAAGCACGGAAUCUUCCCAAGCAACUACGUGAAAAUGAAGGAGCAGGACUAAGACUCAAAAUAUGCGGCGAAACUAGGAUGUCCGCCGUUACUAUACGGGUUUCUCAGAUGGCGACAUGAGCUCUUUUGAACCACUAACCGUCGUGACUACGAUGAGGGGUUAACAGCUGACGUAACUGGCAGGAUGGAUAUUGGUGGCACUCUUAUUGCUGUGAUUUGAGUUGGUGACGGCCUUUUUUCUCGUUUGAUUCUGGUUGCGACGAGGGAUUCGAGUUUGUUGGGAAUAUCCGGGGGCGAUGUUAUGGCUUCAGCGUUUGUGGCAUUUUAAGACAAUUUUUUUUGGUUGGCGUUCUGGAAACUCGGUUCGUAUUGUUGUCAGUCUGAAUAGGUGCACACGGCGAUUUUCUGUCCAUCCAUCUGUUAGUAACUAUGUCGAAUGGAAUGUGAUUCGGUCAACGAAUCCAUCUAUAUGCGCGGAGAUGUUGACCUCUCUCUCUCUCCUAUAUGAACUAAUCGUUUAUAUAAGAACCUAGCGAUUCAAGCC